UUUAAUUAUAUUUUUUGCAAAGAUGGUUCUUAAUAUAUGUAGAAAGUAAAAUUAUAGUAAAAUCGUGUCGUCUGUGUGUGAGGUAUAAUUCAAAGGUCUGUGAUUUGAACUUAACCUCUACAUUUUGAUAAUAUUUUGGUUAAGAUGACCGUUCACAAUAUUUAUAUUUUUGAUAGAAACGGAACGUUAUUAUAUUAUCACGAAUGGAACAGGCUGAAACAAUCGGGAAUGACUAGAGAGGAGGAAGCUAAAUUGGUUUACGGCAUGCUUUUUUCUAUUAAAUCCUUCGUAAACAAAAUGUCUCCGAUCGAUCCAAAAGAAGGUUUCCUCUACUACAAAACGUCUAAAUACACUUUGAAUUAUUUUGAGACUCCAUCGGGUGUCAAAUUUGUGUUAAACACGGAUAAUCAUUCACAAGGCAUCAGAGACUUGUUGCAGCAAAUUUAUAGCCAGUUUUUUGUGGAAUAUAUUGUAAAAAACCCUCUAUGCAAAUUAAGUGAACCAAUCCAAUCAGAACUUUUCAAAACCAAGUUAGAUGCGUACAUCAAACAAUCUUCAGUAUAUUUAACAAAAUCAAUGUAGGUGUUAUGUAUAUAUAGAUAAUGUAAUGUUUUAUUUAUGCUUUAUGUACUGUGGUAUUUUCAAUUUCUUUAUUAAAAUAAAAAAAGGAAAUUCCUUUGUCACAUUUC